CAGCAGCAGCAGCAGCGGUCCAAUACAACUGCCACUGUAACCAGAGAAAAUUACUGUCAGGUGGCCUGUGAUUGCUAUAAAGCGUUCACUGCCUAUAUCGCUGCUGCUAUGUUACAGGAGAGGGUAAUCAGUGCGGCUCAGCCACGUCUGCCAGUGCACUUGUAAAGGAGGCAGGCUGCGCGUGUCGGUUGGAGGAGAGAGGGGAGAGAGCACGAGAGAGAAGGGUAUGCUUCACCGUACCAAAUACAACCGCUUCAGGAAUGAGUCAGUGACAUCUGUCGAUGAGCUUCUCCACGGCCUGUCCAUGAAUCCUAAGGUCUCGGCUCCCCCCCACUCCACAGCCGAGACAUCCUACACACAGCCGACUGAGGUCCAGCCCUCCUGUGCCACUGGCUCGAGCACCCCCACCGGCCAUGGGUCUGACCACCUGGAAGACGGAGGCACAACCCUCUGCACCCUCAUCAACAAGGUGUCCAACCUGAAAUUCACCAACUCAGGCAGCUUGCUGGGCAUCAAGGGUUUGCCCUCAGCUGUCAAGGACCUGGCUGUGUCAAAGCUGCAGGGGGGCGGUGGGGGAUCAGGCCCCGGCGGCUCUGGCGGUUCGAGCCCCAAUGCAGCAGCAGCAGCAGCAGCAGCAGCAGCAGCAGGCUGUGGUGUAGGCGGCUCGCUGUGCAGCUCAGCCUCACAUCCAACCACCUGCUCACAGCUGGAGUCAGCUGUGAGCAUGAGUAAAAAGAGCAGGCUGGAUGAGCUGCAGCCCGCAGGAGAGGAGUGGAAUCAAGGUGGAGGUGGUGGACUGGUCAGCAAACCCUCCAGAGGAUGGCUACACUCGAGCGAGAAGAUCUCUGGACCAGGAGUGACAUAUGUUGUCAAGUACCUGGGCUGUAUAGAGGUUCUUCGAUCAAUGAGAUCACUGGAUUUCUCCACGAGGUCACAAAUAACCAGGGAAGCCAUCAGCCUGGUGUGUGAGACUGUUCCGGGCACCAAAGGAGCUCAGCGCUUAAUGAAGCCACCAUCCAAAGCACUGUCCAGUAUCCUGGGCAAGAGCAACCUCCAGUUUGCUGGAAUGUCAAUCAACCUGAACAUUUCCACCAGUAGCCUAAACCUGAUGACUCCUGACUGCAAACAGAUAAUUGCCAACCACCACAUGCAGUCCAUCUCCUUUGCGUCAGGUGGAGACCCUGAGACGACAGAUCAUGUUGCCUAUGUAGCGAAAGACCCUGUCAACAGAAGAGCCUGCCACAUCCUGGAGUGUUCUGAGGGUCUGGCCCAGGACGUGAUCAGCACCAUCGGUCAGGCUUUUGACCUUCGCUUUCAGCAGUACCUCCAGUGCCCCUCCACCAAGUCAUCCUCCACACACAUGGACACACAUGACAGGGCCUUAAAUAUGGAGGAGCUCACGUGGACCGAAGAAGAGGAGGAGUCGACGGAACAUCCGUACUACAACAACAUCCCAGGCAAGAUGCCGCCACCUGGAGGCUUCAUCGACACCAGGCUGAGCAGUCAGACUGCUGCCACGGACGGAUGUCAGACUGGGCCAGGCUCUGUAGACCAGACCUAUUACCACGGGAGACACUGUGGCGAAAACUGGGGAGAUGAGAGGAAGUCCAUAUUCAUACAGCAGGCCUCAUUUGAUAUAGGCAGUCUACCAGAGAUUAAAGGUCAAGCAGCAAAAACAGCAGAGAUGCCAAUGUACGUCAACACACAGCAGAUAGAUGCCCAAGUGCUCGCAGCUCUCCAGGCUGAAGCAGAAAACGUGACCAAGGGCAUAGCAGCAGCAGCAGCAGCCAAAGAGAGUCCACAGAAAGACUUGUUUGACAUGAAGCCUUUCGAGGAUGCAAUUCAGUCUCAGUCCCAUUUGCCGUGUCAAGGUCAGUCCCAGACCCAGAUAUCUGGUCUUCACAAGGCUGCGUCCGUGGACAACUCCAGUCCUCUUCUUGUGCGUUCGCUGGCCUUCCGGGCCCAGGAGGAGCUGGAAGGUCAGACGUGGUACCAUGGAGAAAUGAGCCGCCGUGAUGCUGAAAAACUGCUGAAAAAUGAUGGAGACUUCCUGGUCCGCACGAGCACGACCAACCCCGGGUCCUACGUACUGACAGGCAUGCACUUUGGACUGGCCAAACAUCUGCUGCUGGUGGACCCUGAGGGCACGGUACGGACAAAAGAUCACAUUUUUGACAGCAUCAGCCACCUUAUUGGCCAUCACCGUGACAACAAUCUGCCGAUUGUGUCAGCUGGGAGCGAACUGUGCCUCCUGCAGCCUGUUGGAAAAAAACACUGAUGCCUGAUGGGAAGCAGGAAGUUCUGGACAGAGUCUCCUACAUCCUGAAACUUGAAGGAAGACGAAACAUGAACAGAGGAUUAUUAAAGGCUUUAUGUGUUUUUUGGGGGGGAGGAGGGCGGGUUGGGUGUAGUGGGCCUGCAGUUACUUCACUGUAGGCACUGAAAGACACAAGAUUUGUUUAAGACAAAAGAAUGUAUUUAUAGAAUUGUUAUUAUUUUGUGUGAUGACUGAAAUGCUAUAUUUUUGAGAAGAAAUAGGCGCAUUUGAACAUACUAUCUUGAGUUGCUGUUUUAAAAAAGAUGAUGAAAAAAUACAGUUGUUCUUGUAGUUUAGAUGAAGUGCAAAUCCAAACCUCAGAGAGGUGAGGACAAGGGUA